AUCUUCUAUGUAGAAAUGGCGGUAGAAGGCUACCCAGGAUGCUUUGCAGUGUAUUCUGCAUAAUAGCACGGUGCAAUGGCGGUCGUUAUGUAAAGCAUGUUGUACGUUGUGAGCCAGUUGCUUCUGGCGGCUGCCGUGUUAUGCACACCACAACAGGAUGAUUUACUAAAUUUCAUAUACACUCAGACUUUGCAGGAAGGCAACUGUAAUAUUACGACGAUCGUUCCAAGAGCUGACUUCAAUCGAACGCUUUUCAAUUUGACUCUGGAUGAAAGAUUUGCCCAGCAGAGUCGGCAAGCUGUAUCUACUGCGAACUUUCUAACAGGUCUUUUGAGGCACUUUGAUUAUUCUUUUACAGCUGGAAAGAAAAAUCCAAUUUUGAAAGACAUCUAUACACACCAACUGCUCACUAAUGUUCUAUCAGAUGAACUGGUGCUCGGAGCAGGAAUUGCAGCUCGAACAUUAAAAAAAUCAAAAAAGUCAAAAAAUUGGGGAUAUGAUUACUUCCCCUAUGUUCGUCGUAGUAAUAAUGGCAAAGUUGAUAUUUUAACAGUAGAAGAGGAUAGUUUAAAAUGUCCAAGUGUACAGGGAUGGUACCUAGGCUGGAUGUGUGAUGAAAUGAAAAAAGAUGAUAUCUUCGUGAGGCGUCGAGCAGGACAAGGAUGUAGCCCUUUAGCAGGCUCCUUGAAUAUUAGUAAAGUCAUACCAGUCUAUUCAGGAACUUGGUACGGUCCAUACAGGGAUAAGCGGGCAGAGAAGUUAUGUUCUUGGAAAGUUAGCUACGUGGUUCCAAUCUAUACUUGCUUAAAACCGAACGCAAAGAACUUGUUGUCUCUUAAUGGUCUGCUCUACGUUGACGUAGAUUUGAAACAUUUAGAUAUCAAUCAAUGUUCUCCGAAUGGUCCAUUUGGAUCAAGUCACCGAUGCAAAGGCAAUUCGGUAUGCAAUCAUCAAGCUGGACGGGGCUUCACCGUCGGUUCCUACUCCUGCAAAUGUGGAAAUACCACCUACGAAGGGUCAAAAAUAGAGGCCAGUUAUAGCGAGUACUUAAGAAAGAAGUCGGCUGAUUAUGAAAAGCUAUUUCUUUGUGAAAGGCAGAUUAACUGUUGCCAGCACGACUACAAUUCCUUGAGUCGAGGAAUCCCUCUCUGCAUUCAAGGACUUUGCAUUUUAAUCGUAUUCGUGCUAGCCGUUUACGUUAUCAGGUGGAGGAAAAAGAAAGUUAUGAAGAGUUCAAUGUGGCUGAUUCUACUGAUGGUUUUAUUUGGAUGCGUGUUAUUGUAUUCUUCCGUUAUACUCCUCUUUUUUCAGCCGUCUGUGCCUACAUGUUUGCUGAUUCCAUGGCUUCGUGAGAUAGGAUUCUCUAUUGUUUACGGUGCACUAAUUCUCAAAAUUUAUAAGGUAUUAGCGGAAUUUCAAUCAAGGAACGCUCAUAGGGUACAUAUCAGAGACAGAGACAUGCUCAAGUAUCUUGCAGUCGUUGUGCUAGUCGUCGUAGGAUACUUAUCAGCCUGGACGGCCGUAAGCGUUGAUAAUGUCGCUCAACAUGGCGUAAAUUCUUCUAUAGACCUAGUCAACAACACUAUUGGAUCAUAUACGAUGUGUAAAGCACAUUGGUGGGAUUAUGUUAUUGAAUUCGCUGAAUUUUUCUUCCUUUGCUUCGGCAUCUACCUAUGCUACUGUUCGAGAUCGGCCUACUCCGAUUAUUCUGAGAGCAGAUAUGUUAGCUACGCUAUUUAUAACGAAACAUUUUUCUCGGUUAUGCUUCAUAUUUCAAGGCAUUUUAUUUGGGAAAAUGUUCACCCAGAUUAUGUGUUUAUCCUUUACUUUUUACACUGUCAAUUUACCGUUACGGCAACUUUGGUAUACGUGUUUGCUCCUAAGUUCUGGUACAUCAAUUGGCCACCAGAUGAAGAACAUUUCCGGCAAAGGGCGUAUUCUUCUUCUGAAGUUGGUGGUGAUACGGUUCUUCCAUCUGAAGCCAUGAGAUUAAACGUAGGGGUCUCUUCCAACGGGGAUGUUGAUAUAGGAGAUAUAACAAUAGGCGAUAUGGACCCUGAAGAUAUUCGAGCAGAACUGAAGCGACUCUAUACUCAAUUACAAAUCCUGAGAACAAAAACUAUGCGAAAAGGCAAUCCGCACAUUAGUAAACGGCGUGGUGGAAGAAAACAAACCCACAGGAGAUUCUCUCUUCAGGCAUUCCAUUAUAAGCACAAGCACGCAGCGCAUUCGCAUGCGGACACGCAUGAACACGAAAUGAGUAAGACGCCUGAGGAAUCGACCAACAGCGCCGAAGGAGUUAGUAUGGCUAUUGAUAAGGAAGAUAUGCCAUCUGCUACGGUAACUUUUAGGUCUAAUCAAAGGUCGUCUGCUUGCUAAACUAUAACGAACUGCUGAUCUAUAUUUAAUCAUUCAACAAACAGUAUUCAUUUAUCCUCUUGUAGAUUCAAAUUCAUACUCAUGAUGGUAUCGAUACACACAUAAUCUUUAUCAAAUAAAUAAAUAUUAUCGGUUACAGAAACACUUUUAAACAUACAUACUCUCAUAUACACACUCCAUAAUUAACUUGUACAUUCAUUAGUCUUUUUAAAUUUACUGAUCAAAAGAAAGGUUAUAUUUCAAACAUGUUUUGGUAAAAAGAUUAGUGUUUUUUCAUAUAUUUUUAUAUUAUUU